CCCAGACAUCCUGUCAGACGCCACUGCUCUCACCGAACGCUGAACAUGUCUUCCCAGGUACUUGUCUCCCGUCCGCUGGCCCCACAGUCGGUCCCCGCGGUGAGCCUGCCGGUGCAGUCAGCUCAGGUGGCGCAGAACACGGGCCCGCACUCUUCCUCCGGUCUGGCCACUGCCGGCUUCCGUACAGCCAAGUACUUGCAUGAGGAAUGGCAGCAGGGCAACCUCGCCACCUUCUACCAGGCGUUCUCGGACCGGGACCAGUCGGAGAAGGGGAGGCACGAGGCCAAGCAGCUGGUAGCGGAGACUGAGGCCCGGGCCCAGCGUUCCCAGGCGGACUGUACCAAGAGCCUGGGGGAGAGGCUGCUGGAUAUUCACUUCUGGAAGUCGGAGUUGUCCCGAGAGAUCCGGGAUGUGGGGGCAGAGACGCAGCUGCUGGUGCAACAGAAGGUCAGGCUGGAGAGAGCCCUGGAUGCCACCGACAUUCCCUUCACCAUCGCCACCGAUAACCUGAAGUGCCGGGACAGGAGGCGGGGCUCCGAGCUGGUCAGGGAUGACGUAGAGAUGGAACUUCUCAAGGAGGUGGACCUGAUCCGAAAUGUUCAAGAACUUCUGAAAAGGACCUUGGAUCAAGCAGCCCAGCAGAUAAGGCAGAAUCGCGAUGCUAAGGAAGCCCUAGAGAUGGACUAUUCGGAUAAGGCGGAAGCCUAUGAGUUUGAUGACAAAUGUGGAAGAUAUAACAAUCAGAGCACUGACAUCCAGUUUCACCUCAACUCCUCUAAAUACGAAGACAACACUUCCACACCAGAGUCUUGGGCUCAGUAUACUCAUGAAAACAUCUAUAAAGCCGAAAGAGAGAGAAUGGCAUCCAUUAACCUCCGUUCACUGAUAGACAGCAUUCUACAAGACAUCAGUGAAGAUUUACAAGCUCAGUUUGACGCCAUUGCCGUAGACUUUGAAAAGCGCUGCAGGGAGUUGGAAGAUGCGAAGCAGAAGCUGGAGAUGCACCUGAAAAAGACUCUGGAAGAAAUCGGAGGCCAGGAGAAGAAUAUUGCUGCUCUAAAGCAGGCCAUUAAUGAUAAGUCUCCUCCGCUGAAGGUUGCUCAGACCAGGCUGCAUGAGAGAUCUUACAGACCUAAUGUGGAGCUCUGCAGGGACCAUGUGCAGAUAAGACUAGUGAGCGAAGUGGGAGAACUGACGGAUUCCUUCGAUGCUCUCAAGUUGAAACUGGAAGAAUCUGAACAAUCUUUGAGAAAUCUGGAAGAUACUAGAAUGUCCCUUGAAAAAGAUAUCGCCAACAAGGCCAACAGCAUCUUUAUUGACAGAGAGAAGUGCAUGACACACCGAACCCGUUACCCCCAUGGAAUGAAGCUCCUUGGCUACCAGUAGAUGCCUCGGAAAUGUACAUGAGCAAGAAUGCAUCAUAUUCCAUAGAAGAUUGAUUCUCUGUGCAAAAUUUUUGAAAUUAAUAAAUAUUACAAUGAGAUGAA